CCGGACGUGCCGGGACAGCCGCUGUUUCCCCGAGCCGCCGUCCCGAGUCCGGCCGGGCUCCGCCUCUGCCUUCCCGACCGCGCUGCGGGCGGAGGUAGCCCGGAGGUGCCCUCGGAACGCGUGCCCACCCCGGGAGCAGCGGGGACCCCUCGGCGCGGCUCCUUCUGCUGCCGCUGGCCGCGAAUCCCGGCCGCGCCGGAGGAGCCCCGCGGGGACUGGUCCGGGUCACCAUGUCCCUCGGGGACAGCCGCUGGCCGGUUCGCCUGCUGGUGGUCACCUGCGUGAUGGCCAGGACGGCGCUGAGCCAGGAGUGCUCCGCGGAGAAGAUGGAGAAUACCAUAAUCGAUAUAGACUUGUCCCUGCCCCGCGGCGCCCGGGGCGCGGAGCCGCUGCGCGUCCCCAGCGCAAGUGCGUGUGUCCGCGCCUGCUGCUCGGGGCACCGGCUCGCAGGAGACAAGAAGUGUAAUUUGAUUAUUUUUUAUGCUGCAAGAGCAAGUACACAUCCAAACUGCUACUUGUUUUACUGUCCUAGCACUGAGGCUUGUCCAAUGAAAGCUGCAACAGGACUUGUGAGCUACAAGAUAACUACAGACAUUCAUGCCCUAGAGGAUAAAUCCAUCAAAACUGAGAACUUUUCUUCAAAUGAGUAUUCUUUGCCUUCGGAUGCUGGAAUCUUUAUUUCUCAGAGUCAGAAUAUCCAUCAGAAUCACACUGCCAGUUUGGAGCAGUCUGUCUUUCAUCAGGCAUCUGAACUCCUGAACCACAUAGGCAAGCAUUUGAACAAUAUGGAACUUCAUACAGUUUCUCCUGAAUCUCAAAGAGCAGAAGAAUCUGAGAGCUUAGACCCCAUCUCAAGGCAGCAGGUAAUUAAGCUGCCACCAAGCACACCUUCUGCUGUUCCAGCUGGAAACCCCAGUGCUUCUUUCCACACCACUGCUCGGGCAGGUGCCCCUGAAACCAGUAGCGCUUCUCUUGCUCUUGUGCUGACAGGCACUGCCCAGCUGGAGUCUCUUACAAUCUCUCUGCACCCUGGUGCUGCCAAACCAACCACACCCCACCUCACCACAACUGCCUCUCCAUGUGCUGCAGCCACUGCAGCUAAACCUGCUGUCCCUGCCACCCGCAUCACUGUUAUUCAUGUUCCGAUUUCCAAGCCCACAAAUUCUGCUUCUCCUUCUACAACCACGCAGGUGACCACGAAUUCUGGAUCUGCUACUGCCCUUUCAGGGCUAAGGACUCCAGCCAUGGCUCCUGAGCCAACAGUUGUCUCUUCCAAUGAUACCAGCCUUGUGACCCUCCUCUCUUUUCCAGGUUUUAUUUUGUGCAGCUAUUCCCCCACAUCUUCCCAAAAUUACCCUUGGGGUUAUGACCCAUCUGACUCAGAAAGCUCCCUGUCAGAAGGUGUUCUGAUAGGGAAAGGUGCCUUUCAGCUGGGGGGAAAAAGCAGCCUUGUAGCAGCUUUGUUUUUCGGGGUGAUAUUCUUGUUGCUAGUUAUUGUGCUGACAGGGAAGAAAAUCCAUGAAUCUCUUCAGAAAAGGCAUUACACCAGGCUGGAUUAUUUGAUCAAUGGAAUGUAUGCUGAUGUCUGACUGGGAGAGGGAAUAAAAUUUUGAGGAGCAUCUCUCACUUUUGAGAGGAAAACUCUGAUAUAGAACAGUUGAUAUUGAAAUCUCAGAAGAGGAUGGGUUCCUUUUUUGGGCUCUGAUGGGAAAGCAGGAGACAGGAGAUGGGUUUGGUGGUGAGAAGAAAUGCUUUGUUUGUGCUGAACUAUAAUGUCUAUAAUUUUUGAUUUAUUCCUAAAUCCUGAGAGUAAACAUCUAAAUCCAAGUUAAGCUAAGAAGGUCUUAUAUUUAAGGAGAAAAAGAUUUCACAAGCUUAAUGUGUACUGUGACAAGAUUAGUGAAAUUGAGGUACACCUAAUAAAUUGAGUACCUGUGCAGCACAUGGGUGUUUUCAGUGCUAUUUACACCAAAUACUGGAGUGUUACACAAUUGCCUGGCAAUCCUAUUUACCCUAUUUGUAGCUUUAAAGGAAUACUUAGUAAUAGAGCUUUGCAUCCAAAUGGUUUUAGGUACAAACAGAAAAUAUGGCAUAAUUUAAUUUUCCUUAUCUAAAUAUAGUUUAUGGUUAUAUACAUAUCUUUAAAGUUCUUCUUCUGCAUACAUCACAGGUAUCCUUAAAACUACAUACUGCAAGUGCUCUCAAAGCAUACCCUCUUCACUUCUAGCGUCCCCUUCAUGUGGCUGGUAAUAAGCAUGGCUGCUUAGUAACAGUUAUCUUGAUAUUCAACUUUUUUUCCAACCUAAACAACUCUAUGAUUUUAUGUUUUCCUGACUCUUCGACAGAGAGAGUAAGUGGGAGCAUCUACUGCCACACAACUUCCAGUUCAUGUUAUUUAAAUUUCCCUUCACAUGCAGUCAGUCUAAAACUGGUUUUAGAAUGAAAGGCUAGAUUUCAAAGUGUUCAUAUCAGGUGGCAUGAUCAAAACCAAAUGUCACAGCAGAGAAGGAAGGGUGCCUCACAAAUGCAAGGAAACAAUUCUAUUGCAAAAUAUGAAAUUUGACUCACAACCAAGAGAUUCUUACAUCUGUUAAGCUUAGUGUGGUGAGAAAUAGGUGUGAUCCAAAAAAUGGCCUCAAGGCAAGUUUUCUGAAACCUCUAAAUAACUAAAUGCAGAAAAUUCUCUGAAAAUUCCAUUAUUCAGAGAUCAAAGAAAAGUCAGUGUUCCUUGUGUCAAGAACUUGAAUUCAUAUUAUAUGGAGGUUGCAAAUUGUUUUUUAUAUAUAAAACCAACUGGUCUGCUACAUUGUUUAAGUCUGACAAUGGUUAAAAAAAAAGUAGUCUGGAUAGCCUCUUAAAAGUGAACAAAAUUACAGAAGAAAUGUACCUCAAAUUUAUCAGCUUGUUUUCUGACUGUGCUUUGUUUAACUUAAUUUUCUUUUUUAUUUUAAUAGCUAUUUUCAGAGGUUUCUGGUCAAGGAACAUAACAAGGAAGAACAUUUUUGGGAAAUGAGUUCACAGAAUGAUAAGUACUAGUCCUAGCUGUAAAAACGCAGAUGCAGAUCUGAGGUUCACCAUAAUUUUCUCUCAUAAGAACUGCAAUCUUCCUGAGAAGAUUUUUAUGUUGCUGGUGUCAUCACAGCAGGAGAGGUGCGGAGAACAACCCCUGAAUGCUCACUAUGCAUUUCUGCUGCAGUAAAUAAUUUGUUGGAGGGACAGGUGAUUGGUAUUAAUUUAUAUGGUUACAGUACAGUAGCAAAAUAUUCAAGAGAAACCAGCUGAUGUAUCUCAGGGUUGUUCACAGCACAGGUCAUGUGUUCAUCUGGAGAGGGACAUUUUACAAGGACAUGUAGUGAUAGGACAAGGGAGAAUAGCUUUAAACUAAAAGAGAGAAGGUUUAGAUCAGAUACUGAGACAAAAUUCUUCCCUAUGAGGGUGCUGAGGCCCUGGCACAGGGUGCCCAGCGAAGCUGUGGUUGCCCCAUCCCUGUGAGUGCCGAAGUCCAGGUUGGACAGGGCUUGGAGCAACCUGGGAUAGUGGAAAGUGUCCCUGCCCAUGGCCAAGGGUUGAAAUGAGCUGAUCCUUAAGAUCCCUUCCAACCCAAAGCAGUCUCUAGUUACUCAGUGUGGUCCAUGUCAUUAGAAACUGCCCUCCAGCCCAAUCAGCUGUGCACACCCAACACGGUGAAUGGCAGAGGUAAAGCUGAGAGGUGCUCGAGCACCAUGCCUGACUUGGUGAGGAUGCUGACCUCAGUGGCCUUUCACAACAUUUGAGUAAAACAAACAACUUUAGAAGUUGUUACAUGAAAGAUCUUCCUUUAUGCUCCAGUAAAGAAAACAAGGUAUUAGGCAGGUGUACUGAAACACUUUUUAAAAAUUAUUUUCCCCAUCCAUUUGUCAUGUUGGAUUAAGAACUAACAGGGAAUUAAUUGAUAGCUGACUAGUUUGGAUCUUUCUGGGGGGUCCUUUACAAGCUGUGUAUGGACACUAGAGGGCAACAACAGUUUAUUAAAUAGAAUUGACAAGUUAUGAAGAUUUUUGAUGAUUUAAAAAAGUUUUAGUUAGCUUGUUUUUUUAACUUCCCAAACUAUGGCUCUUUCAUUGUGGAAAGGUUUUUGUUUAUUGAAAGGGUUUGGGUGGAGGAUUAUAUACACACAUUUUUAAAAGUUUUUACUGCAUCAUAUAAUGUAGAAGACAUCAAAAUGAAGCAUAUUCUCUAUUUUAAUAACACUGAAUCAAGUUGCAUUAUUAGUCAUGUAUUGGCAUUUCCAGUUAACAGAGAGAUUUCCCAUCAUCAUUCUUUUGACUAUGAUGCUUUAUUACAUGCAUUUUUGGAGCUUAUUUAUUUACCUGGAUAAUGCUCUUGUAUUAUGAAUCAAAAAGGAGGAAGACAAAGUAACUAAAAAAGCCCAUCCAGUUUGUUAUGCUUUCCAACAUUAAAACUUCUGUGCACUCUGCUGUUUUUCCACUGAGAUCUCCUGUAGUCUUCACUGUGCACCACACAUGGAACUGGAUCAUUAAUCACCACUCUGUGAUGACAAGUCUUACAUUGGAGUGGCUCUUUCUGGACGUAAUCAGUUUUGUUAUGGCAGUAGGCAAAAAGCUGAUUGACUUUUGUCACCUGGAGAGUGUCAUAAAUUCUGUAGCUGAUUGUUUUCAUAUUGUUGCUUUAUACCGCUGAGCAAACAUAAGGUAUGUAAAUAUAGACUGUCAUGAACAAAAUUGUCUUGUGGUAUUGUACAGUAAAGCAAAUAACCCGAAUUUUAUAACUACUGCAAACAAUCGUAAAGAAAUAAAUUGUAGACCUAUUUGAGAUGGAUGAGAAGGAUCCAAAGUCCCUGCUUCAAAAAGCAGUAAAUUCAGCAUGGUGUGUUCUCUGCAAAUAGUGCUUAAAUUCAUUUCAAUUCCUGUAGGAGCAGGAAAUGCUUAGACUCAGGAUUAUUUCAAGUUACUAAACAACUAAUAAAACCUAACAAACAAGGAAAUAAAACUACAAAAAAAAAAAAAUUACAUGAGAAGGCAGUUUCAAAACUGGUUCUUGUUUUCCUGCCUCCUGCAAAACCAUCUUAGUGGAUUUGAAUCUGAUUACAUGCUUUGACCCUACCAUCCCACAUUCCAUGCUGAUAAAAUCGUGGAGUUUAAAAGGCCAGUACUGCAGUCAGCAGUUCCCAGGCAGUAUCCCAUUAUACAGAGAGCUAUACUUCCGUAGAUUUCUUUCUGUCACCCUCCUGAAAUGGCCCUAGACAGCUGUGCUCUCCCUGUGCAUUACUAAUCCUCUCAUACAGAUAAUGCACUUCUCUACACUAAUUCUCAAUGAAUUCCUGUUUAUGGGUAGUUGUGGGAUAGCUGCAUCCCCUCAUCCUUGAAGUCUUGCACAUCCCUUCAGGAGUGUGCAUGCUAUUCCCAGAUGCUUUCCCAGUGUCUUGAUAGGUAUGUCCCCUGAAGGGCUAGGGUAUAUUGAACUUUUUUCUUCUUCUUCAGAAAGCCUACAUUUAAUCUCACAGUCUAAAUUUGCUUUUUUGCCUUUAGGUCUCUACACUUCUUGAGGAUGUCAAAGCACAAAGCAUAAAAAUGCUGCUCUUUGUCACCUGUGUGUUUGGUAUUAUAAAUAAUGUGUAAAAGUAUUUUUAAGUUUCAGUACAACUAUACUGUAUCACUGUUUCCUGUAUAUUGGCUUACUUAAUUUAAAAAAAAAAAGGCAUGAGA